GCUCGUCUUGACCAAGGUUUAUGGAUGACAUUUCAGUGUAGUAAUAGACAAUGUGCCAAAACCAUAUAGAUCUAGUCUGUUUUUAGUGGGUAUAUAAUUCUGCCUAUUUGGGUGAUUUCCAAAGAUUCAUCACUAUAUAUACAUAAUAUUGUAUAUAUUAAUUUGCCAAAAAUUGGUGGGGAGGACAUUGUCCACAAGUUCAAGUUCUGGAGGACUAAUUUCCAUGCAGGCCUAGGUAUUGAUGCGUUGCUAUGUGUGAACACCACUGAAAUUGUUAAGAUAAAAAUGAUGAUGGUGUAGGAGAGCAAUCCAAUAGUUGUAAAUGUAUCUACAAAUAUUGCCGACUUUGUGGAUGUAAUUUGAUACACUCUUGAAAACAUUAAAAUUGAAUUAAUAUCUACAAAAUUUACCCUUUUUAAUUUGAAAUAAUCUUAUAUGAUGUAAUUUAUUACUUUUGAAAUGGCCCCGCCACCCACAUUGCUUUCUUGUGUAGGUCUACAUUCUGUACACAAAAUCGACUUAAACUUGUACGAGUUAACUAAAUCUCUGAUGUGAAACUCAAAAUGGAGGCGAGAUAAGGGAAAAGAAAAGGCAUCAGAAAUAUUUUGUAUCAAUAUAUUCACGGAUAUUAUAUUACUCGACACAUCUUAAUAACCACGAUUGUAAACUUGUCUGUGAUAUUCCAAGUCUGGGGCGUUUUAUUGUCAACAGCACCUAGUUCGAGAAGGCAGUGAUCGAAUAAAACGCCAUUUUGCGCCCUUGCUUAGCUUUGACCUAAGAAAACAUGGAUAAAGGGGAAGACCUUCUACUUCUUGAUGUCAUUGAGAUGGAUGAUGAGGAGAGUUAUCGUGAUUUGAUUGGGACGGAGGACGGAAUGGAGAGUGAUCUGAUUGAGACGGAGGACGGGACAGAGAGUGAACUGUUAGAGGAGGAGGACAGUGAAGUGACACAAGGGGAAGAGGAGGAAGAAGUCCUGAGUGAGUCCCUGGAUGUCUAUGUGGAUGAUGAACAAAAUGAUCUGGAUGCUGAUAUUAAAGACAGGCAGAGAACUGUCAGUGAUAAAAGUGGAGGACAGAACACCAGCAGCAAAGACCAGAGAACCAGCCAAAGGUCCAAGGAGACCAGUGGGCAGAAGAGUAGUAAGGAGAAGACAAACUCCACUAUGAAAACAAAAAGCAAGCCAAGCAGCAGUGGAAACAAGUCUAGCAGUAGCAACAGUGGGCAGAAAUCUAGCUCUAGUAGUACACAGAAAUCUAGUGGGAGUGGGCAGAAGUCCAGCAGUGGGCAGAAGUUGAGCAGUAGUGUGCAAAAGGUUAGCAGUAACAACAGGGUAAAAAAUACUGGCUCUAGCAGUACACAGAGAGUGGGCAGUGGACAGAAGUCAAGCGGCAGUGGACAGAAGUCUAGCAGCAGUGGACAGAAGUCUAGCAGUAGUGGGCAGAAGUCUAGCAGCAGUGGACAGAAGUCUAGCAGUAGUGGGCAGAAGUCUAGCGGCAGUGGGCAGAAGUCUAGCGGCAGUGGGCAGAAGUCUAGCGGCAGUGGGCAGAAGUCUAGCGGCAGUGGGCAGAAGUCCAGUGGCAGUGGGCAGAAGUCUAGCAAGGAAGAUGACAAGGUCUCAAGUAAAAGUUGUACAUCAAGGGAUACGAAGAAGGAUGUUCCAGUAGUACCGUCUUGUAAUCUGUGGGUCAGUGGCAUCUCGACGUCCACCAGGGCUAACGAUUUGAAAGCACUAUUCAGCAAGCAUGUCAAGGUCGUAGCAGCCAAAAUUAUGACCAAUGCGAGGAGUCCAGACACCAGUUGUUUUGGGUACAUCAUCCUGUCCUCUGUAGGGGAUGCCAAGAAGUGUAUAUCAAGCCUUCACAAGACAGAGCUCAACAAAAGCACCAUCAGCGUUACGUUUGAUAAGCCAAAGCCGGAAUUUCCAGUGGAAGAUAAAAAGACCGAGUCCAAAUCAUCCGUGGCUGACAGAAAUACUGGGUCUAAGUCAAGUGUAGCCGACAAAAAUGCUAGGUCAUCCAUGGCCGACAAAAAUAUUGGGUCCAAAACAUCUGUGAAAGAAAGUGCUAAUAAAUCUGCUCCACCAUCCAAUAGCACCAAGAUUAAACUUAGUAAACCUGCUGGUGAAACUUAUGUUUCUACCACAUCAAAGUCAAAGGUCGCUGAUAAAGGUCAGGCUAGGGCAACUAAGAACAGCAUCAAAGGGUCCGACAAAAAAGCAGGUGACAAGAAACCAGAGAAAUCCAAACUCGCAGAGACAAUUAAAGACAAUACUAGUCGUAAAGAAUCAGAGGGAAAAGGGACGUCUCAAGAAAAGUCAGCUUCAGAGAAGAGUAAAGUGAAAAGUUCCAAUAUUAUCUCACUAAAGAGCAAACCCAAAGACAAAGAUAAUGAGAAGGGUGGAAAACCCUCCAAAGACAAGGAUAACGAGAGAAGUGGAAAGUCCUCCAGAGAGAGGAGUGUGAGUAGUAAGGGAGAUAAACCUCGCAGAAUCAUCAACCUUGCCAGUCGACUGGGGAAUGUGGACAGACGGGGCUGGCAGUCAGGGUGGAUGCGCAAUCGCAGGAUUGGAUAUUUCAAGUCACGCAAUGUCGUGUCACAAUCUCUAGAUCAGCAGCGUAGGGUGUCACCUUUCCGCACUAGUCACGUAAUAGACAAGAGCCGCAGACUGAAGGAUCUUCAUAUCAAACAGAGGGAAGAGGCAUACAAACUGGAACAGGAACGAGAGGAAAUUAGGAUAGCAACUGAGGAGAUGGAAUGGAGAAAACAGCAAGAACAGAUUCGACUUGAGCAACUGGAAUUAGAAAGACGCGAGCGAGAGUGGGAGGAACAGAGACUUCUGGAACAGAUCAGACUGGACGAGGAAGAAAGACUGAGGUUUGAGGAGGAGCAGAGGAUUGCAGAAUUUGAGGAGCGGAGACGACUUGACGAGGAAGAAAUGAGGAUGAGGGAAGAAGAGAGGCUGCGUUUCAUGGAUCCUAUGUUCAAUGAUCAGGAAAAAUUUAUAGUGAACAGAUGGUCACCUCAUGAAGGGGAAGUAUAUAGGGGACCAGAUGAUUCCCCUGAUGACAGAUUAAGAGGUCACCAUGGGGAUGAUCCCCGGGGAUUUAGGUCACAUGAUGACAGAAAGCACAGGGACAGGAGAAGUGCAGAACACUAUGAGAACAAGAAGAAGGAGGAAAGAGAGAAACAAAGGAAAGAAAAAGAACGUCAUGAAAGGGAAAGGAGAGAAAGAGAGAAACGAGAAAAAGAAAGACAAGAACAGUUGGAGAGAGAGAGAAAGGAGAGAGAGCAGCGGGAGCGUCAGGAGCAGGAACGCCGUGAGAGGGAGCGUCUGGAACAAGAAAGGCGAGAGCGAGAACGGCUAGAACAGGAAAUGAAGGAGCGAGAACGGAGGGACAGGGAAAAGUUGGAAAAUGAACGUCAGGAGCGACUGAGACUGGAGAAAGAAAAGGAAGCCCAGGAAAAAGAGAAGCGGGAGUUAGCGGAGCGUGUCAAACAGCUGGAAAGAGAGAACGAGGAAAUACGCCUCAAAGAAAACAAGGUCAAGGAAGAACUCAGACUUGAAAAGGAAGAGCAUGAGAGGAUUAAGAGGGAGGCCCUGAAGAGAUCAUAUGAAUCAAGAAGUCACCAUGAUGACUAUCCUGCACCAGUUAAGCGACAGGGCAUGUCCGAUAACAGAUACAGCUCUCAUGCGGAUAAAGUAUAUGAUAAUUACCAAGCUCCUGACCAUACGAGACGAAACUUUGAGCGCUCUGAAGAUCAUAGGGAGGUAUAUCUGGGGCGUAGGGACAUGCCAUACACUAAAGACCAGGGCGACUACGAUGAACGCGAGAGGUACAAUAAAUUCGCGGGAGAAAGAACUGUGACAGUGUACCGAAAGUUUGAAAAUGAUCAGUACGACCGGAACAGGAAUACCCUGAGUCCGGGCGGGUACGAACGCGGUAAAGGUGACUAUAACAGAGACUAUGAUAGACAUUACAGUGCUACUAAUAAUAGAGACAUGCGAAUCACACCAUCAGCAAAAAACCACGCCAGUUAUGAUCGACCACGUAAUGACAAUAGAAGUGAGAGCAGAUCUACUGGCUACGGGAAAGGUCACGAGUCGAACACCAGCCACGGCUACGGAAAUUCUAAUAACAGCCAUAACUUUGGAAAAGGACAAGAUUCAGGUCGCAGUCAGGACAGAGGUAGACCUCACAACAAAAGGGACUUCGUCGACUACAAAUCCUCCAACAAAAAAGACAUGUAUAAGGCACAUGAAGACUUGGAUAAAAGUAAAGGAGACAGAAAGAAAAGCACGCCAAAGGGUCGGUCCACUGAUGACCUCUGGAGGAAUGCUGGGUAUGGGAAGGCAGUGAUUGCAGACCGAAACAACAGUAAUCACGGUGGCUCCUCUGGUGACAAAGGGCAGACCGGUGGCAACUAUCCGGGCAGCAAUACACAAUCAACCUGGUCUCAAAGGGGACGUAGCUCUACUGUACACCCCAACUCCAGGACAGGGGGUGAUUAUCAACAGAAUUCAGCUGCACUUCCCAUGAAAAAUGACAGCAAAGGUCCCCCAGUAUGGGGGAACCCAGCAAAUUACAGCGGUCAGAGCACCUCCUUGCCACAGACCAGGAUGUCUACCUCAUUUGUCAGUGAUGACCGUUUAAACACAGGCAAUGCCCAGGAUAUGUCGGUACAACAGACGGUGAUGUUCCAGGAUAGUCGUUUGGGCAACCCUCCAGUCAGUCUGCCCUACCCUAUAAUGUCUGUGCCCCACAGAAACUCUGGGCCAAAUAUGAUGCCACAUCCCAGUACCGCCAUCGUCCCCCAACCUCAGCCCUCACUGGGCAUGAUGCAGCACCCCCCAGAGCAGGGGGUUCAACCCGGAUAUGUUAAUGUGACUUACAAAUAUUACACCCCAGGCAGACCAUAUUGAAGUCAUUGUGUUACAUAUUGUUUUAGCAGCUAUGAUUUUUUUAUUUGUGUUUUAAGAGUUGUGGUUUUAUGUGCAUUUUGAUUUCUUGAUUGAAUGAAAAGUAAUAUUAAAAUCAUGAUGAGUUCAUCCACAUGUGUAAAUGAAUAUAGAAUCAUGUUCAAAAUUAAUAAAAAAGAAGAAAUCCAA